UAUGGACGCCAUUUCGAUAACAGCCUUAGCAUCUUUUUUUUCAGACGAGCCGAAAUCACUGCAACGAGGGGAAAACCACUACAAAUCAGACCAUGUAGAGAAAUUUGAUUAUUUUCCAGGUGAACUACGAGGAGUUGUUAGAGCCAGCAUGAAAGACAAAAGUUACAACGUUGUGGUACAGCUGGGUGAGAAGAGCAUUACCUCGUCAAGGUGCGACUGUCCGCGUGGUCACUACAAGUGCAGCCAUGCAGCAACCCUCGUCAUCUUUGGCAUCCACAACAUCAGCAGGACAGACGUUGAAUGCCAGUGGCGUAAGAAGAAGGGACCAGCAACCGUUAAAUCUGUUGAUGAGAUGUACCCGCCACCAAAGGACUAUAACCCUCUUACGAGGAGUAUUACCAAUGAUGACCGCAACUGGCUUCAAAAUGAACUAAAGACUUGUGGCCAAUUCACCGGGAUGUACUGGCUUUUAUCCCCAGAGCCUGACGUCCAGCCACUACCAGUCCCUUCUGUAGAAGAACUGAUUCUUUCGCCAGCCUUCCUGAAUGAGAACCUGAAUGUCGAUUUUCUUCUUGACAAACUUAAAAUUUCUGUGCAACAGCAGCAAGCUGUCGAACGAUCAACAAAGGGCCAGCGACACAACCCUGUGUGGCAUCAACUCAGGAAAGGGAGGCUAACUGCUAGCAAUUUUGGGGUUGUGUUGAAGGCUAAAAGAGUGACACCAUCUCUUAUCAAACGCCUCACAGGGACUUACAACCUUAGCGGCGUCCAAUCCAUCAACUGGGGCGUAAUCCAAGAGGAGGAGGGCAUCAAAGCGUUAAAGGCAGCCAAGCAAUGUGAGGUGGUUGACUCUGGACUCUGGCUGUCCCGGUCAGGGGUACUGGGUGCCUCUCCUGACGGACUUGUUGGUGAGGAUGCCAUCGUGGAGGUGAAGUGUCCGUUCACUCAGCGGAAUGCUACUAUCGCGGAGGCGGUCGAGAGAAAAGACUUCUACAUAAAGAAGAAUGAAGAAGGGAGCUACAAACUUCAGGAGACCCACCAAUAUUGGCAUCAAGUUCAAGGACAGCUCCAUUUGACGCGAAGGGACCUUUGCUACUUUGUUGUGUGGACAACAAAGGAAGCACUCGUCCUGAACAUCAAGAGAGAUGCAUCCUGGAUCGACAAUCUGGAGUACUUGGAGAAUUUUCAUCGGGAAGAGAUUCUCCCUAGACUGUUGGGUGCGAAUGAGUGA